GUGUAGGCUUGAUUUUGGCUUUAUUUUGGACAGUGUUUGUAUACGAUACAGCAAACCAACAUCCAUGCAUAUCACAGAAUGAGCUCGCCUUGCUUGAUUCAAAUUCAAGUUUAAUGGAAUCUGAUAUCAAGAUUAAAUCUGUUCCAUGGCUGACCAUUUUUACUUCGCCUCCAGUUUUGGCAAUUGUCAUAGGAUACUUUUCAUCGGACUUCGGCGAAUAUAUCUUAUUUACGGAUACGCCAACAUUUUUGUCUUCAGUUUUAGGAUACGACUUCCAAACAGUUGCUGUUUCGGUUCUCAUAAUGUGUAUAUUGAAGCCUCCAUUUAUGGUCCUGUCGUGGAAAUUCAUGGAUUUUCUUAUUCAGCGUGGAUAUCUUUGCGCCUUAAAUACACGAAAAUUAUAUGCAAUUUUAGCGCUUGGAAUUUCAGCUAUCUGUUUUCUUACUUUUGGAUGUGCUAGCAACAAUGUACACUUCCUGCAGUGUCUUCUUACAAUUGCUUUUGGACUUUAUGUAAUGGCGGAUAUCGGAAUUCUUUCCAACGCAAUAGACCUUUCUCCGGUGUACUCUGGGAUAAUAACAGGUGUCGUAAUGACGACAUCCAGUGCUGCUGGUUUUAUUGGACCUUCCAUCGUUGGAUUACUAACACAAGAUAAUAAUGUGUUAAAACAAUGGUCUUUAAUGUUUACAAUAACUGCUGUCGUCCAGAUUUUUGGGAUGAUUAUUUAUCUGAUGUUUGCACAAGUUGAAGAACAGGAGUGGUCAAGUCAAGAAGUGGUCAAGAAUAAUGGUCAAAAACAGGAGAGGUCAAAACUGAAAAUUAGUCAUGACGAAGAGAAAGCAAGUUUGAUUAAUAAUUAGAUAAUGCAAAUACUCAAAAACCUUUUUCUUAUCUAUCUUACUACCAUACUUUUUGGCCCUUUAUCAUCAAGACCAUUUUUAAUAAAUUUCAUAUUUAUCUCGUUUAAAAUAUCGUAAAAUAUAAUUUUACACUAACAUGAUUUACAAAAUAUUGAUCAAGUUGUUGUCACAAGAACGAUUCAUGGUAGAAUUCAUUAUGAAAAAUUUGAAAACACUACAAAUACACCAACGGUACUAAGAAGGGAAUUAAGAUAGAGAAACGAAUGUAUGCGUUAUUAUAAUCGAACAUUAUAUGCAAGUUGGAUUGUAUCGAUAAUAACAUUAUUGGAAUUUAUUGUAUGUUGAUACAGGAAUUAUAAUUUAUGUAUAUUGUUGGUACAGGAAUUAUACUUUAUGUAUAUUGUUUUACAUUAUUACAAAAAAAUAAUUAUUAAAAAAGGUAUACAGGGUAAUAUGAUAAAAUUAAUAUUUGGUGUUAUGUUGUUGGAGAGCCACUCAGACAGUAAUUUAUUUUACUUUUUGGUAAUCCUGCCGGCUCUUGGGGGAAACAUGGAUUACCUUUUCGAAUUUUCUGAAUAUUUUACUGUAUUGUUAUGAUAAAAAAAAAAGGCGAAAUAAAUGAAAUGAAAAAUGAAAUGUACAAAUAUAAUAUAAUUAUAAAUGACCAGAUCUGUAAUGAAAAACACUAUACACAUAAAACAAUGAAGAUAUCAUUGAAAUAUAUAGUGGAACUGAUGAAGUCAAUUUUCAAAAGAAAAUAUAAAUUUAUGUUUACGCAAAUAAGUAAAUAUUAUUAUAAGAUAUUCAUGGAAAAAUUAAAAAUUAAACAAAUCAUGA